AACCAAAAACCAAAAACCAUAAAUAAGAAACGAAAAGUACGCUGGGGAUGAAGCAAAUACAUAUGAAGUUUCGAAUACAACUGAAAACAUCAGCGAUUUUAAUCUCAAAUGGAAGCGUCGAGAAUGUUUGGGACAAUGGGACGAGCUUUACACACAACCUGCAUUCAAAGUCGGCACUGAAAUUUUAGAGGCUUUCUACAUUUUACUGAGAUAUACCCAAAACCGGUCCUGCUAGAUGUCGUUACUCGUUAGGUGCAUCAUCAUGCUUUCUUCUUUAAUGUCAACAUUUUCAUUUCCAACUCUCUCUUCGAUUCCAAAAUUGAACCAACGAUCCCAAAUUCAGGUUCACUAACCGUUGACAUAAACCAGACCCAUGACAAGCUAGUCAUCAAAUCCUAAACGAAAUCAACCUUUGAUCUCUUUGCGUGGCCCAUAUGUUCACCAACAUCAUUAUGCCACAUGGAACAUGAUAACCCAUGAGGCCAUGACCAUGCAUUAUGCAUGCAAUCCUAAGCUCCCACAUUGGGGGGGGGGGGGGGGCUGAUUAAAUCGAUUAAUUAAUAAUCACUAACGAGUUACGACUACGAAUCCCUUGGUGACGAUAUCCGUGUAAUAGUCAUGUUGAGUUUCUUGGAGAGAAAGCAAACAAUCGAUCAUAGUAUUUCCCUUUCUUUUCCGCAUGUUUUUUGUUUACAAGUCCCUGCUAAAACUUAUCAAAUCGAUUUUUAUUUUGUGUAUGUAAUAACAAACACGUACACUAAGGCAAAUAAUUAAUCUACUUUGAAUUUAAAACUGGGAAAAAAUAUGGUGAAACAUUCAUCACCAAUGGAGUAGGAGGAGAUGACAUACAAGAGUUUAUUAUAAAUGAGAGGCUGAAAAUUGGUUCAUCCCCAAGAGAUUGAGAGAGGGACAAAAAUGUGAGGUCGAGGUGUUCGAUCACAAACAAGCUUUUAUCUCUUGGUUAGCAUUUUCUCUUAAUAAUUACCUUGUAUGACCUAGAUAAUAGGAAUUUGUUUCCUUUAUAGGGUUAAACUUAAUUGUAGGAUGAAGAUAUAAGAUUAAACUAACCAUCAUAUCAUUAUAAAUAAAAGUUCAUUAUACAACGUAAAAGAAAAAUAACAAAAAAAAAACAAAAAAAAAGAAGUAAAAAACGUCAUGGCUAAGUUUGCUUCCAUCAUCACCCUCCUCUUCGCCGCUCUUGUUUUCUUCGCUGCUUUUGAAGCACCGAUGAUGGUGGAAGGACAACAACCAAAGUACUGCAGGAAGCAGAGUAAGACAUGGUCAGGUUUAUGUACAAAGAGUGGUUCGUGCAAGAAACAGUGCAUCCGCGUCGAGAAAGCAGCUCAUGGUUCUUGCAAUUAUAUCUUUCCAAUUCACAAGUGUAUCUGCUACUACCUUUGUUAAUAUAUCUACCAAAAAUCUUGGGUAUAUUUGGUGUUUGUGUGUUUAUUUAUAUCUUUUGGUAUUUAUUUACAUUCACUAGUUCCGUGUCACUCUUUUAGUGAUCUUUAUGGCAUGUGCCAUGUAUGUUUUAUGUUGGUUUUCAAUAACACAAAUUGUUAUGUACGGCGUACUACUGUUUCAUAAAGAUAAUAAGACGAGCUUUACACA